AUGGCUACCUGGGCUCUCCUGCUCCUUGCCUCCGUGCUCCUGGGCAACUCAGGUCUGGCUUUCUCUGGCCUGUCCCCUGAGUACUAUGACCCGAUGACAGCCCACCUGUGGGAUGGAGAGCAGUCUUACCGGGGCCUGGCCCAGGAGGGCCCCCAGGGCUACCUGCAGACCAAAACACAGAAGCUGAGCCUGAGCUGCAUGUCCUGUCGGAAGAUAAUCCAGGUGCUGGAGGACAAAGUGGGAAACAAUCCCACGCAGCCGUCCCCACUCACCCCCUGCAGCUGGAGCCCCAGCCGGGUCCUGGACCCAGGCAGCUGCACUGGCAGAGCCUUUAAUGUGGGUCUGGCAGCCACAGGCGCCAUGGUCUACACAGAAGGCGAGAGAGCUGCUGGGCCUACUCACCCGGUUCCCACGUCCUCCAUGGUACCCCCGCUGCAGGAAACCAUUGACCAGGCUGCGACCCAGGUGUGCAGGAAGCUGAAGUUUCUGAGCGGUCUCUGCAAAAAGAUCAUGAGGCUAUACCUUCCUCGAAUUGCCCAGGGCAUCAUGGAUGGAAAGACCGCCAGGGAGGUCUGUGUGGACCUCAGGAUGUGCAAAGGUUCUGCGGGUUUCGUCUGA